AUGGCGACAGAAAGAAUAAGAAAAAAACCAGGAAGAAGAAUGAAAACUCCUUCAUCACUACCGCCAAAUUCAAAACCAAGCUCGACCCAUUACGGCUCGUCGACGGAACCCCAAUACCCAUAUCAUGUUGCCACGUUCCUCUUGCUGAGCUCCAUCCCGUCCUUUGCCGCCGGCGCGCCAUUUGUGCCGGACGACCGAUUCCUAAUCGCCUGCGGAUCCAAGAGCCAGCUCCAACUCCCCGACGGCCGCACGUUCAUGAGCGACGAAGAAGCCAAAGGGUUCCUCAAGAGCGAAGAGAACAAUCUCGCCUCCGUUCCUUCCGCCGACGUCCCUUCCUCUGUUUACCUAAACGCGAGGAUUUUCACCGCCGAGGCAACCUAUAGUUUCACCCUAAAAUCCCCCGGAUGGCAUUGGGUUCGCCUCUAUUUCUACCCACUGAAGAACAAUAACAAGGAUUUGAAAACGGCUAGGUUUACGGUGACGACGGAUAAAUACGUUCUCCUCCACGAUUUCAAUCAGGGGAACGAGACCGCCGUUUUCAAAGAGUACCUUCUCCACCUAACAGACCAGAUCUUCUCGAUCCACUUCAAGCCCACGAAAGAUUCCGCAGCUUUUAUCAACGGGAUUGAAAUUGUUUCCGCUCCCGACGAAUUGAUCGCCGAUGAAGGAACUGGGCUUUUCCCGGUGAGCGGAUUCCCUGGCUUGACCAAUUACGGGUACCAGGUUGUUUACAGGUUGAAUAUGGGUGGGAGUUUGAUUACUCCGAAGAAUGAUACUUUGGGGAGGACAUGGGAUAAUGAUAGGCGUUACCUUAAGGCGGAGGUUUUGGCUCAGAAUGUAACAGUCCCUACCUCGGCGAUUAACUAUGGGAAGACGAUUACGCCAUUGAUAGCGCCGCCUUACGUGUACGCAACUGCCGAUAAGAUGGCUGAUGCGCAAACGAACGAGGCCAAUUUCAAUAUUACCUGGAAUUUGGAUGCUGACCCUUCGUUUAAUUAUCUGAUCCGGCUUCAUUUCUGUGACAUUGUGAGCAGGUCUUUGAAUUCUCUCUACUUCAAUGUGUAUAUCAAUGAGAGAACAGCCAUCGCUUCGCUGGAUUUGUCUGGGCUUACAGGUCAAUUGGCAUCUCCAUACUUCAAAGAUAUUGUGGUGAGUUCUGCGUUGAUAACUAAAGGGCUUGUAGUUGAGAUUGGUCCUACGCAUGUGGAUACAGGAAGUAAAGAUGCUGUUUUGAAUGGUUUGGAAGUGCUGAAGAUGAGCAAUUCUGUUGAUAGCUUGGAUGGAGAGUUUGGUAUUGAUGGGCGGCAAGCUAUAGCGAAUCGCAACACGGUUGCAGCUGUUGGGUUUGCGAUGAUGUUUGGGGCUUUUGUGGGUCUGGGUGCAAUGGUGAUGAAGUGGCAUAAAAGGCCACAGGAUUGGCAGAGAAGGAACAGUUUCUCCUCGUGGUUGCUUCCUCUCCACGCUGGUGAUAGUAGUUUCCUCUCCAAGGGCUCAUUGGGUUCCCACAAGUCGAACUUCCACUCAUCGACAUUUGGGUUGGGGCGAUUCUUCUCCCUCGCGGAGUUGCAGGAAGCUACCAAGAACUUCGAUUCGAGCUUCAUAAUCGGGGUGGGAGGGUUUGGAAAUGUGUAUCUUUGUGAGAUUGAUGAGGGCACCAAAGUUGCUGUGAAGAGAGGGAACCCACAAUCCGAGCAAGGGAUCAACGAGUUUCAGACAGAGAUUCAGAUGUUGUCGAAGCUGAGGCAUAGGCAUUUGGUUUCGUUGAUCGGAUACUGUGAUGAGAACGAUGAGAUGAUCUUGGUUUACGAGUUCAUGUCUCAAGGACCCUUUAGAGACCAUCUCUAUGGCAAGAACUUGCCCCCAUUGUCGUGGAAGCAGAGGCUGGAGAUCUGCAUUGGUUCAGCUCGUGGACUGCAUUACCUGCACACAGGGACAGCACAAGGGAUCAUUCACAGGGAUGUCAAGACGACGAACAUCUUGCUCGAUGAUGCAUUUGUGGCUAAAGUUGCUGACUUUGGAUUGUCGAAAGAUGGGCAGAUGGGGCAGAACCAUGUGAGCACUGCUGUGAAGGGAAGCUUUGGGUACUUGGAUCCAGAGUAUUUCAGGAGGCAGCAGCUGACUGACAAAUCUGAUGUGUAUUCCUUUGGGGUGGUGUUGCUAGAGGCAUUGUGUGCUAGGCCGGCGAUUAAUCCAGCACUGCCGAGGGAGCAAGUGAAUUUGGCUGAGUGGGCUAUGCAGUGGAAGAGGAAAGGGUUGUUGGAGAAGAUCAUCGAUCCUCAUCUUGCCGGGGCUAUCUGCCCCGAAUCGAUGACCAAAUUCGCUGAGGCUGCGGAGAAAUGCUUGGCUGAACAUGGUGUGGAUAGGCCUAGCAUGGGAGAUGUGUUGUGGAACUUGGAGUAUGCAUUGCAGCUUCAAGAGCAGUUCUUACAAGGGAAGAAUGGAGAUGAUAAUGGGGAUAAAGAAUCUCCAACAGGAGCACCUGGUGCAGCUCCUGCUGCUGCUACUACUGUUCCUGUUGCUGCCUCACCAGCUUCAUUGCCACCUGCUGCUCCCCAGACCUCUGAUUCUUCUUCUUCGCGGGACAAGGAGAAUCAGAAUCGAGGAGGGCCAAGUGAAGUUCCUGCCAUUAGUGAACACUCUGGCACUGCCAUGUUUGCACAAUUCUCUGACCUAAGUGGAAGGUAA